AUGGCCCUGCAAUACACUGGUGACCGCUUUACUAUACCCGGCUGGAAUAUCCAGUCAACGCGCCAUGUACAGGGCAACUCCACCGAGCUGUCUCUCCCCGGGGCAGACGUCUCGUCAUGGUAUCGCAUCGGCCACAGGGCUACAGUCCUCGGUGGACUCGUUGAAGCUGGCGUCUACAAUGAAUCUGACCUCUUCUACUCCAACCAUCUUUCUAACCUCAACGAGUCAGAGUUUCACGUCCCAUGGCUAUACCGCGAAGAAUUCUCGGUCCCCCCGUUGGCUGCAGACCAGCGCCUCAUACUUGACAUCCACGGGGUCAGUUCCAAGGCUGAUAUAUUCGUGAACGGUCAGCAGGUUGUCUCCCGAGAUAUCCAGAAUGGCGCCUAUGCCGGUCGGUCGUACGACAUCACGGCUCUCGUUCACGCCGGUGUCAACGCCCUGCUCAUCCAGGCAUAUCCAACGGACUAUCUGAAGGACCUUGCUGUCGGCUGGGCAGACUGGAGCCCGUAUCCCCCUGACAUGGGUAUGGGUGUCUGGAGAGCUGUUGAGCUCAAACUCAUUGGGCCUGUCUCGAUUUCGCCUCCCCGAGUUACCACCAACUUUAGCCAUGAGACGCAGGAACCUCUCGCAGUCAGCAUCACAAUCAAGACGGAUCUCGCAAACUACGGGACGCAAGCCCAGGAUGCUACAGUACGCGGUGUAAUUCGUCUGCCCGAUACUCCGCUGGACAUCGCUCUCUUUGAGCGUGUGAAGCUGCCGCCGCGUUCGAAUUCAAUUAUCACCCUGAAUGCAGUUCUUGGACCCGCGCAGGUCAAGGUCUGGUGGCCGGCUGCUUGGGGGUCACAGCCUUUAUAUCAGGUCCAGCUGGCUGUGUCGCUGCCGACAAACGCUCUGUCCGACCAGAGUGCACCCACGAACUUCGCCCUCCGCAGUGUCGGGUCCUCGCUCAAUGCCCAUGGCGAGAAUGAGUUUACGGUGAAUGGCCACCCUUUUCACGUUCGUGGCGCUGGUUACGCUCCAGACCUGUUUCUGCGGUUUGAUCUUCAGCGUCUCGAGGCGAUAUUUCGCUAUACGCUCGAUAUGGGGCUCAACACAAUCCGGCUGGAAGGCAAGCAAGAGCAUCCGGAGCUGUAUCACCUCGCAGACCGUAUGGGCAUAAUGUUAAUUGCUGGAUGGGAAUGUUGUGACAAGUGGGAGGGCUGGACCUACAAUGAAGAUGCCCAAGGUGUCAAAUGGCGCGACGAAGACUACGACAUUGGAUAUGCCUCGAUGCUCCACGAAGCCGAGAUGAUGCAGCCACAUCCUUCCAUGCUUGCAUUCCUUGUUGGCUCCGACUACUGGCCCGACGAACGUGCGACAACAAGGUUCUUGAGUGCCCUUCGUCGGAUGAACUGGCCAAACCCUGUCAUUGCCUCAGCUAGCAGCCGUGGUCAUCCCAGUCAACUCCCACCCUCGGGGAUGAAGAUGGAAGGUCCCUACGCGUGGGUCCCUCCGAACUACUGGUAUGGCAGCGAGGUUGGUGCAGCCUUUGGCUUCGGUUCUGAGCAAGGCGCCGGUGUUGGCACGCCUGAGCUCAGUAGCCUACACCGGUUCCUAUCAUCUACCGAUCUAGAAACCCUCUGGACCAAUGCAAGCGCUGGGCACUAUCAUCUGUCACCCAAAGGAAGUGUUUUCCAUAACCGAACGAUCUACAAUAAGGCGCUGGUGGAACGAUACGGCCGACCGAGUGGCCUAGAAGAUUAUGUGCUGAAAGCCCAGAUCAUGGACUAUGAAGCAACACGGGCAGAGUUCGAAGCUUUUGCAGCACGACAGAAUGCAUCUCAUCCAGCGACCGGUGUAAUAUACUGGAUGCUCAACAGUGCGUGGCCUAGUCUACACUGGCAGCUUUUCGACUACUAUCUUCGACCAGCAGGCGCAUAUUUCGGAGCCAAGGUUGGAGCACGGCAAGAGCAUGUUGUAUUAGACUAUGGGUCAAACACUGUUUACCUCGUUAAUCACUCGUUGCGGUCUAAAGGUGUACGUCGUGUCACGGCAGACCUCAUUGAUACCAAUGGGCAGACGCUGGUCCAUCGCGAAGUGACGGACGAAACAGCACCAACCUCCUCCAAGGAAGUCAUGUCAAUUCCUGAAAUUGCAAAACUCAAGCUAGACGACGUCGCCUUCUUGCGCUUGGUUCUCUCCGAUGGCUUUAACACGACUCUCAGUCGGAAUGUCUACUGGGUAACCGCACAUGUUGAUGCCCUCGACUGGGACGCAUCAAACUGGUACACAACUCCAGUGGCAUCGUAUGCGAACUAUACAGCUUUGAGUAAUCUGCCCCCCGCUACAGUGAAGACGAGUGUCGCUGUACUCGGCCGACCGACGCCUACCUUGACCUAUAUAGAAGUUCACCUGGAGAACACGGGCAAUACUCCAGCGUUCUUUCUGCGACUGACUGCGCAGGAUCCGAAUGGCGAGGAACUGGCUCCGACUGCAGUAUCAGACAUCUUGAGAUCGACCUCCUUGGACUUGGCACCCUAUGAGGACCUCUACAGGUACUUCCAUGCCCACCCAGAACUGUCGCUGCAAGAGGAAUCCACAUCGCAAACAAUCGCCGCCAAGUUAUCCGAACUAAAUGCCUUCGACAUCCACGCCAACAUCGGCGGCUUCGGUCUCGCCGGCGUCCUCAGAAACGGACCCGGCAAAACCGUCCUCCUCCGGGCAGACAUGGACGCCCUCCCAGUGAAAGAAAUCACCGGCCUGCCCUACGCCAGCACCGUCACAAUGCGCGAUGCCGACGGCGUAGAGAAGCCCGUCAUGCACGCCUGCGGCCACGAUAUGCAUAUUACCUGUCUCCUCGCGGCAGCAGAGAAACUAGUCCACCUCCGCAACAGCUGGUCAGGAACCCUCAUCGUCCUCUUCCAGCCGAACGAGGAGCGCGGCGCCGGCGCCCAGGCUAUGGUCGAUGAUGGCCUGUAUGAUAAGAUCCCUAUCCCGGACUAUGCCUUUGGGCAGCAUGUUAUGCGCCUGCGCGCCGGUACGAUCGGCUCCCGCUUCGGCACUAUCAUGGCUGCGGCGGAUAGUAUGAAGAUUACGGUCUUUGGGCGUGGUGGGCAUGGUUCGCUGCCGCAUCAUACGAUUGACCCUGUCCUGCUGGCGGCGCAUAUUGUUGUCAGGCUGCAGGGGAUUGUCAGUCGUGAGGUGGAUCCGUCGGACUUGGGUGUUUUGACGGUGGGGAGUCUGCAGGCUGGGCAGACGGAGAAUAUCAUUGCGGACCGUGCGGAUAUCGGGAUUGAUUUCCGCAGUGUGAAGCUUGAGACCCGAGAGAAGAUUAUUGCGUCUGUGAAGAGGAUUGUGGAGGCUGAAUGUCUGGCGAGUGGAUCGCCGAAGAAGCCCAUUUUCACGCCCACAAGGCGCUUUCCGCCAACGGUUAAUGAGCAUGCGCUGGCGGCGAGGCUGGACAAGGAGUUUGGGGAGUAUUUUGGGGAGGCGUUUGAUGGGGAUACCCCGAGGACGAAUGUGAGUGAGGACUUCUCGACGCUCGCAACGUGUCGGGAUAUCCCGUGCAGUUUUUGGUUUCUGGGGGGGGUUGAUGAGCAGCUUUGGGAUGAGGCGACGGUCAAGGGGACGACGGAGGAAAUUGCUGGCAAUCAUUCUGCGCUGUUUGCCCCGGUCAUCCAGCCGACGAUGGGCGUUGGGGUGGAUGCCUUGUGUGUUGCUGCUUUGAGCUAUCUGAGUUGA